ACCGCAACUCCCAAAGUGCUCAUCAGAUUCUCCAGAGUCAUCAUGCCAGACAUCCAAGAACUCCGAACCCAAAUCCUUGCCAACUUCAAAUUCAUGAAAUGGCUCACCGAUGAAGAAGUCCAAGACUGCGAUGUCAUCACCAUAAAGAAAGGCACAUCCUACCACGCCCUCAUCGUCCGUCCUUGCCGUCGCAAGCCCGUGUUGCGAAUGCAACAACGGAGCCCGUCUGUCAGAACAGCCCUCAAGUAUCUACUUGACAUGACUUCUGAGCAUCUGGCUACUGUCGAUGAUAUGUUUUCCAAGGAUCCUGCAAAGUAUCCGUGGGAUGAGGCGAGUACUGAGUUUGAUCUAUGGAGGGCGAGGUUUAGGGCUGAAGCGGCUGUCACGCCGCCUUUGAGUCCGGAUCCGGUGGUUGUGAGGGAUGAGCGUGAUCUAUCAGUCAUGCAGGAGACUGUAACACAUGAUUCUGGGACUAGACCUGACGCGCCGUUGGCCGGCUCACGAGCUGUAAAGCGUAGUGCUUCGGCCAUGGAAGAUGAGAUCGCUGAAGUUGGAAUUGCUCCAAGUGCUUCGAGACGUCGAAGUGCUCGUCUGAGAAGUGCUUGAGUGUUGGGGUUGAGCAAUACAUGAUGUCGAUGUCUUCCUAUCUCGUUCAUAAAUUAUGAGAGUCGGACCGUGACGCAUCCGGCAGACAGUUGACUCUUCGUAUGAUGGCAGACUUCAGAUGCAAGCAAUCCGGAAACCGAAGUAGGAUUGGAACACAUUGCGAUGGAUGUACGUUGAGAAAAGAUGUACAUGUAUGGACGCGAGGAAUCCUGUUGGAAGAACGUCGUGAGUGUUGGACAGUC